AUGGGUCAUCAAAAAACAAUAUUUGUUCAACCUGCGGAAGUAACAACCACUAUACCUUUAACUUCAAAUGUACAAUCAACUACCAAAGUUAUAUCCAAACAACUUUCACUAUCUAAAACCAACCAUACAACAAAACGUUCUGUUACAAAUGGUUCGAUAAAAAAAACUUUUACAAAUGGGUUAACCACCAAUCACCUCAUCCGAUUAUCACAUCGAACUUCAGAAGUUCACAUAACACCACCUACCACACCACCAACUACACGUUACUCGGAUACCAAAAUACCACUCGUUGUUGAAUGUCAAGUACGUGCACGUAUUCCAACUGCUACGGGGGAUAUGUUCCUACACCUUUAUAAAAAUAAUAGAGAUAAUAAAGAACAUUUGGCUGUCGUUUUUGGUGACGAUAUUCGAAGUACAAGUUUAGAUAUAUCUCGACCUGGGGAAAUAGAAAUGGAUAGAAUUUUAAGAGGCGCAUAUACGGGAAAACUAAAACCUGGACAAACAAGUUCAUCGGAUGGAUUUAAAGGCAAUACAACCAUGAUAUCUUCAGAUAAAUUACCACCACCAUUAGUUAGAAUUCAUUCGGAAUGUUUUACCGGUGAAAUUGUUCAAAGUGUACGAUGUGAUUGUGGUGAACAAUUAAAAGAAGCUAUGGAAUUAAUUCGAUCGGAAGGACGAGGAGUUGUAAUAUAUUUGAGGCAAGAAGGUAGAGGAAUUGGUUUAGCAGAUAAGUUAAGAGCAUAUAAUCUUCAGGAUUUAGGAUAUGAUACAGUUUCAGCAAAUGUUUUUUUACAUCACCCACCUGACCUUCGUACUUAUGACAUUGCAAAUCAAAUUCUAGCCGAUCUUAGGUUAAGUAAUAUUCGAUUACUUACAAAUAAUCCUGAUAAGAUUGAGCAAGUCGAAAAUGGUGGGAUAAAAGUAGUCGAGCGGGUACCAAUGGUUCCUUUAGCAUGGAAAGUUAACCAUGACUCCAAUCAUAUUAUUAAUGAAUUAGAUCAAUAUCUUAAAGUAAAGGUUGAAAGAAUGAGACAUUUAUUAAAUGUUCCAGAAACUUUAUUAAAUUGA